CUGGCCCACCUGGCCAGUGCAGUGGGAGCCCUGCGGGCAGGUUAAUAAGUCACCAGGGCACCACCUGCCCCGUCCCGGUGGCCGCCUCAGUGUCCGGGCUCCGCCGGGCGCCUGCGGCCGCACCGAGGGGCACCRCUGCCCACCGGUCCCGGGAAAGCCCCGUGGCGUGGUCGCGGCUGAGCCCCGGUUCCCGGGAUUUGCAUGCUGUGAUUAAGGCAGUGAAGCAAUCGCACUGUUGCCUCAUCGGUGAGAAUCCCCGAGGCCCGAGCGCUAUAAAUGCCCCGAUCGAUGAGCAGAGCCGGGCAGGAGCGAGMGGAGCCGGGCCGGGCUGGGCAGAGGAGGAAACGCCGAGCCGGGCAUUCACCAUGUGCUUCCUCACCCGUGGGCUGGCGCUGCUGCUGGGGGUGCUGCUGUGGGCGCCGUGGAGAACUCUGCACGGGGCACCGCUCGCCGAGCUCUCGGGGGACCAGGACUUCCAGCUCUUCCUGCAGAGGAACCUCGAGUUCACCCGCAAGAUCCUCGGGGAUGUGRCCGCGCUGCAGCGCGUGGUGUGUGACACUUUCCAGCUGUGCAAGGAGGAYGAGCUGCAGCUGGUGCGGCAGGACCUGGACAUCGCACAGGUGCCCYUGGAGCAGUGCCACAGGCGCACCUUCCAGCCGGAGACCUGCUUCAACCAGAUCCGCGCUGGGCUCCGCGCCUACCACGGCUCCCUGGCCACCAUCCAGAACUUGCUGCCCGGGCACGCUGGGCUGGUGGAGACCCUGCAGCUGGACAUGGCCAAUCUGUCCUCCAACAUCCAGCAGCAGAUGGAGGAUCUGGGUCUGGCCACGGUGACRUACCCCAGCGAGAACCAGGACCCCCUCCCCACCUUCUCCUCCCAUUUCCACCACCAAGUCGGCGGCUUCUUCAUCCUGGCCAACUUCCAGCGGUUCCUGGAGACGGCAUACCGGGCGCUGCGGCACCUCGCCAACCUCUGACCYCUGUUCGUGGAUGUCCCGCCCGAGGGACAUCCCGGGAGCGCCCCGUUUUCUGCUUAUUUAAUAUUUAUGGCUAUUUAAUAUUUAUCUGUCUGGCCCCGGGCAGGUGCCAGGGGACCCCGCUGUGGAUCCGUGCACAGGUACCUGUGCAGCAUCACCCUUGUUUAAUAUUUAAACACAAGCGUAUCUCUGCUACGAGGUUCUGGAGCUGGGCUGAGCCCCCGCAGCUGCUGCUGGCACCGCCUGUGCCUCAGUUUCCCCACGCUGCUGGGGCUGCUGCAGUAUCCCACGGGAAAUCGCCUUCAUCUGAGGAUGAGGAUGCUCCAGAGCAGCAUCUCCCUGUCCAGGCUGCAGCCUGCAGGGACACAUCUGAUGGGUGUUAUUUCUAGUAAUUAAUAUUUAUUAGCCAUUAGGGAGGGGAGGGAGGAUGGMAUGCAGCAGUCUCACCAGGAUGAGGCUUUUCCAGGGUGCCCCAACACUUUGGGGAGCUGUAUCUCUGCUCUGUACCCCCUUCCCUGCUAMACUCGGAGCACUUAUUGCAGUUUAAUUUAUUUGUGCCCAUCCCUGRCCGGAAAGAGCCACUUGGACACGGUCCCAUCCUCCUGAGCCUGACGCAGCCCCGGUCCCGUGGCUGUGUGGGAGCUCCAGGCGUGGGGGGUUUUGUACUGUAUUUAUUGCUGCAGCUGGGUGAGCCCCGAGAAACACCCGCUCUCUUUUUUUUUUCUA